AUGAUGAUCUCCGCGUACUUGUUGGGCUGGCUCUUGGCAUUCAUCGGGGUUUUCACACAGGCCGCUGACCUCAGGCAAAACUAUCCAACUUGUAAGUUUGAUUUUUGAUGAUUUUGGGGUUUUUUUCCAUUUUUUUUUUGGUAAUUUGAAUAUUCAAAUUUUUUAUUUUUAUGAGGGUAAAAAUUAAUUAUAAUUAAUUUUUUGAGUGUUUUAAUCAAAAUUUUUAAUUUUUAAUUUUUUUUUUGAUUUUUGAAUAGUCAAAUUUUUUAUUUUUAUUUUUUGAAUAUUCAAAUUUUUUAUUUUGAUUUUUUGGAUAUUCAAAUUUUUUAAUUUUUUUGGAUUUUUUUACAUUUCAAAAACUUCAAAUUUUCAAUCUAACUAUUAAAAAAAUAUUCUCAACUGUUCUAGAAAGGAUUAGGAACAGAAAAAUGUAACAUUUCACCUAGUAGAUUAGCCAAAAACAAAGCAGAUUUAUGCAAAAAUACAAUGCAUUUUCUCGGAUUUUAGAAGUGUAGCUUAUCUUGUCUGUAUGUGGAAGAUAAACAUAGUAUAAGGUCAUGGCUUUGGUAGUGGCAAUUUUAGGAUUAGCUGAAAAAAUCCAUGAUGAAAAUCAUGAUUUUUAGUCCAACUAUGGAUUUUUUCAACAAAAAAUCGGUGAUUUUUCAAUGAUAUAACGCAUUUUUAUAGUUUUGACGGGAUAUUAACUCAAUUUCGGACUUUUCUCAAUAAAACGUGGUAUUUUACACCCUAAUCUGUAAGGCAAUAUUCUGUUAUUAUGAUUUGGAUUCCAAUUUCUAAUCCGUUUUCGCAUCCCCUACCGUAGUCGGAAAGGACACGGGUAAUCGUCGGAUUUGCCGGCCCUACGAACGGUUUAAAAGGCAUUUCACAUGGCUUACUAGGCUAAUCUUUUAAACAAUUCCAAAUUCAUCAUUUCUCUGAACAAACACAGAGUUGAAAAUUGGGAAGACAUUCUAUAAAAGUCAUGAUUUACCUGUUAGACUGCUCUUUUGACCUCCAACCUUCUUUCAGAUACAGACGCAGUAUUCGGCGAGCAGCCGGCGGAUCCAUCGUUCCUCAGCCGCUCACCCUACUCCACUCUCUACUACGCGAACGACAAUCCCCAGGCCCAAGCGCCGGCGCAGCUGCUGGGUGCGGAAGCGGCGAUACCCGGCCAAAAACGGGCCUACAUGCGGCUGGGGAAGCGCGCCUACAUGAGGUUGGGGAAGCGCGCCGAUCAGCUGCAGGAAAUGAUGGAAAAACGGGCGCGGCUUCGUCUCGGCUAA